AUCUUUUUAUUUUUCUUGCAUGGUCUUUUUUCCGACGCUCCCUUCUUAGCGCCAAUAAAGGUUGCUUGCCACCCGCUCAUCCAAUGGGUGUUAUUGUUCUUCUCCAUUCAUUACCCGCUGCUCUUGAUUUUGAUUGAUCAGAACAUCAAAAAUGUCUCGACCCCAAUCUCCUACUCUUUAACGCUUGUAGCCAUGGCAACUGCCAAAGCACACCACGUGCUGGGAAUGCAUUUUUAGAUUUCUUGAUUGGAAGCUUGGACUUACGGUAACACAAGGGAAUUUAAAUAUAUAGACAAAUGACUCUUUAUGGCGAUUUUCGAUAGAGUUAAAUUGUAAUUUUAAUUACAAAUUAAACAAACGCUAUUAGCUUAAUCUACUGGUACCUGUCGCAUUUAUGGAGAAGACUUCUACUAUUUCUUUCUUAUCCUUUUACCUUAGUUUUUUAUUUUAUUUUCAUUCGUAGAAUAAAGCGAAUGAAGCUAUCUAGUCUUCAGUGCUAAUAAAUCUACCCAUGCAUUCGAUUGGGCCAAUGGGGCAUCCCAAAUAAACCACGAACAGAAAGACUACCUGUCGCCCCGUCAUAGCUCAGAGCACAUUUCCCGGCUACAAGAACUUGGUCACAGCAAUGAUACGGUGUCUGUUCUCUCCGCUUUAAAUUCAGCUUUGCGUUAUACUUCUGCUAUAACCUAUGGAAGUAAGGGUGUGCCUUGUCAUUCUAGUUUGUUCCAUUUCUUGUGGCGUGCUUGCCUCCAAGUCAGUCCGCCUCGACCCGUUUGACGAUGACUGCCUUGAGGCACACAACUCUUACCGUGCCCAGCAUGGGGUGCCGCCGCUGACCUGGUCCCCCAGUCUAGCAAUGCAGGCGCAGCGCUGGGCGGAUGAACUCGCGUCUAGGGAGGAGUUGAGGCACGACGAUGCUAUAAGUAACGAUGAAGGUGAAAACCUUGCCUUCUUUAAACCCGCCGUGCCAAAAUGCCAGGGUCGCAUUGUUAACAACUGUGUGCUCUGCCGAGAGAUGGUCAAACGGUGGUAUGACGAGAGAAAGAACUAUGACUUUGAUAGCGGCUCUUCCAAAGACCCCGAUGGAGUGGUCAAACAUUUCACCCAGCUCGUAUGGGCGGGGACGGCUGAGCUAGGCCUGGGUACAGCCGUCAGCAAGAGAUAUGGGUUUAUAACUGUGGCGAGAUACAAGCCGAGGGGAAACCGGGGCGGGGUAGAGGCCUUCAUAAGCAAUGUCCCGCCAAAAGGAGGACCUAUACCUUCGCUUUCAAGCUUAAAUAAUUCCGCACCGGAAACCACUACGCAGAACAAUUCCGCCACUUCGACCACCCCCACGGGAUUAGGCCUACCUCCGCAAAACACUACGAAAACUGCGAUAAGACCAUAUGCAGACAUGGUUUAUGCAAGCAAAAUUACAGACUCGGCUCUUCAAACGCCUGUCAGUGGUAACAGCAUGGAUGGAGCGAUUGCUGAAGGUCAUGUCACAGGGACGGGACUGCCAUCUCCGAGCGCGCGCGCGGAGGAUAAGAAAAUCAGUCCGCUAGUGAUGAUGCUUCCUCCUACUAAAGCCCGCGUUAACACUCGUCACACAGACACAACGUCCGGGUUAUCAAGCGAGUUACUUGGCAGAGAACUUAAAGCUUUGGCCGAUGAACUAGCUCAUAAGAAGAAAAAUCAGAAAAUGAGUGAAGAGUAUUAUUUAAACACUGACAAAAAUGAAGUAAUUGCACUUAAAAAGUCCGCUUUGAGGGAAUUAGAGGGGUGGAAGAAAGAAGACGUAAGUGGGAGCUCCGACAAACUUGCCAUGCUUGAAACUACAUUUGGCCGCAUGAGAGAGGUUCACAAGUUAGAGGAUAGUGACGAGCCAAAUAAAGAUGAAACUAUUGGUAAUGGUGAUGCUGCCACGAGGGCCAGUGCUGGGACCAUUGGGAAAGGUCAGGCCCGUACGUUUGAAGGACCGGACGGAUCAAAGGAGGACAGUUACGGAACAACUAAAAAGGAGACCAGUGGUGAUGGUAAUACCGCCACAAGGAUCAGUGCUGGGACCACUGGGAAAGUUCGGGUCCGUACGUUUAAAGGGCCGCAUGGAUCGAAGGAGGAUAGUAACGGAACAAAUACUAAGGAGACCAGUGGUGAUGGUGAUACCGCCACGAGGAUCGGUACUGGGGCCACUGGAAAAGGUCAGGUCCGUACAAUUAAAGGGCCGGACGGAUCGAAGGCAAAAGUGUUUCUGGAUGGGAAUGGUGAUCACGCGGGUAUUGUCUUCAGGGAUGAGAUCUUUCGAGAGCCCUCUACUAGUGGUACCCCAGCUCCCGAGAAUGCUCCAAAGGAACGCACAAUCUACGUCCUUUAGUGUGCAUCAGAACAACGGCAAGGGAUUUUGACAACAGGCUAUGUGACUUGACCAACAGGGCCGGGUUCCUGGAAAGUAAGUUAACGCUUAACUUAAGGUGAAUGCCCCUUUUUUUCCAAUCAAAUAUCGUAUUGAUAUUUGAUUGGGUUAGGCUAACCUGCUUUCCAGGAACCGGCCCAAGACAACAGUGCAAGUCGUACCACGUCAAGCUCAAGCAAGGCGUGGUACAAACAUCUUGGUAGACUAACGGAUAAACUAUCAUGGACUAUCUCAAGCAAGGCGUGAUACAAACAUCUUGGUAGACUAACGGAUAAACUAUCAUGGACAAUCUCAAGCAAGGCGUGGUACAGCCAUCUUGGUAGACUAACGGAUAAUCUAUGGUGGACUAUCUCAAGUAAGGCGUGGUUCAAACAUCUCGGUAGACUAACGGAUAAUCUAUCGUGGACUAUCUCAAGUAAGGCGUGGUUCAAACAUCUCGGUAGACUAACGGAUAAACUAUCUUGGACUAUCUCAAGCAAGGCGUGGAACAGCCAUCUUGGUUGACUAACGGAUAAUCUAUCGUGGACUAUCUCAAGGAAGCCGUGGUACAAACAUCUUGGUAGACU